CUGGCACUUGGGUCACAGAUGACUCUGGUUCAGGUGUCAAACUGGUUUGCAAAUGCAAGACGUCGCCUCAAAAACACUGUGAGACAACCAGAUCUGAGCUGGGCAUUGCGGAUAAAGCUAUAUAACAAAUAUGUACAAGGGAAUGCUGAGCGGUUAAGUAUCAGCAGUGAAGACUCCUGCUCUGAAGAUGGAGACAAUGUUCCUAGGAGUCACGCUAAUGAAGAAAGCUACGACAAACCCAUCCACCAUACUGUGAUAAACAAUGAGAGCUCAGUCAUCAAGUCAGGGAUAAGAGCAGAAGCUAGUACAAAUGAAGACUAUGUGUCCCCUCCGAAAUACAAGAGCAGUUUAUUGCAUCGCUAUCUCAAUGACUCCUUACGACAUGUCAUGGCCACUAAUGCUGCCAUGAGAGAAAAGACGAGGCAGAGAAACCACUCAGGGUCAUUUAGUUCCAAUGAGUUUGAGGAAGAGCUCGUGUCUCCCUCAUCAUCGGAAACUGAAGGCAACUUUGUCUACCGAACAGGU